GGCUGGCCGGCUACGAGCAUUUUCGCACAACACGCUCUUCUACAGCUAUAUCGACGCGCUCUACUCUAAAGAGUCUCGAAUAUCGCAGCUAUCUUCGUCAUACGAAUGUGUCGGGGCGAAGCUUGGUCAUCGUAAAGAGAAAGCGAUUCAGGCGGGCGCAAGCGAUUUAUAUCCGAGUGGGCCCUUCCGGCGCAGGCACUGUCGAUUUCUUAACCAACGUCAACAGUCAUACGUCGACUGCUGAACAUAUCUGUGUCGCCACUGUCCGCAAUUGAGAAUGACGAGCGCUUCUGUAGACAUGAGGACCUCUAUCAGUAGCAGCGACAGCUCGCUACGAGAAGAAUCUGGUAUCAGCGAAUCGAAUGCCAGCGAAAAGAGAAGGCACAAGUUCAUGGGCGUUGACGAAGAGAAAGUAAUAGGUCUCGAUAGAGCCGAGCAUCCGACUAAAGAGGAGGAAACUGUGCCAUGUGGCAGAUCGAGAAGUCGCGGGAGAAGGUCGCAGGACAGCAAAAGUUUGAAGAAGAUCGAGUCUCAUCAUUCGAGGGCAGGCACCGACGGCUACACCUGGCACCACGACGUAGUUGAGAGCAGCCACCAACCGAACAAAGCCAAGGCUGGUGUCAUGACUCCAGAGCCGUACUUGGUAUCAUUCGAUGGCGAUGCAGAUCCUGAGAACCCGCGGAGCAUGUCGAGUCUACGACGAUGGGCUAUCGUAUUGAUCUGUGCUGGGAGCUCUCUCUGUGUCACCUGCACGUCCUCGCUAUACACGUCGACCUAUGGCCAGCUCGAGCCCGAGUUCGGAUCUUCUCGGCUCGUCUGCACGCUUGGCCUCUCGCUGUUCGUCGCUGGUCUGGGUGCAGGUCCAAUGAUCCUAGGACCUCUUUCUGAGUUCUACGGCCGUCGACCGAUCUACAUUGGCUCAUUCACAUUCUUCCUCAUCUGGCUCAUCCCAUGCGCUGUCGCUCGUAAUAUACAGACCAUGUUGAUUGCAAGGUUCUUUGACGGCCUCGCGGGUUCAGCUUUUCUAAGCGUGGCGGGUGGCACCGUAGGAGAUAUGUUUGCUAAACAUGAGCUAUCCGCACCGAUGAUGGUGUAUACAGCAUCACCAUUUAUUGGCCCUGAAAUCGGGCCACUUGUCGGUGGCUUUAUUGUUGAGAAUACCUCGUGGCGUUGGUGCUUCUAUGUACUCGUCAUCUGGUCCGGACUCCAGCUUUUCCUAAUUGUGUUCUUCGUGCCUGAAACGUACCACCCUGUUCUGCUUCGUCGCAAAGCGAUUCGGCUGCGAAAGGAGACUGGCAAUCAAGAAUGGAUCGCGCCCAUCGAGAAACUUGACCGAUCAGUCGCCAGGACGGUGUUGUGGUCAUGCAUCCGCCCGUUUCAACUUCUCUUCUUCGAACCAAUGUGCCUCAGCCUCUGCAUUCUUUCUGCAAUUUUACUUGGGAUAUUGUACCUUUUCUUUGGUGCAUUUCCACUGGUCUUCCGCACCAAUCACGGUUUCAGUGUUUCCCAAGUCGGUCUUGCGUUCUUGGGCUUGUUUGUGGGCAUGCUCACAGGUAUAUGUACCGACCCAAUCUGGCGACGCGUCUACGGUAGGCUCGUGCGGCAACGUGAAGCACAAGGGGGUGAGCCUGGUGGCUCAGAACCAGAGUUUCGGCUCCCAUCAACGAUACUUGGCGCCUGGGUCGUUCCAAUUGCACUUUUUGGGUUCGGAUGGACCACGUAUUCUUCGGUACAUUGGAUAGUUCCAAUCAUUUUCUCUGGACUUUUUGGAGCUGGUAUCAUCUGGGUAUACUCAGGAGUCUUCACCUUCCUCGUGGAAGCUUACCCCCUCUACGCUGCAAGUGCCCUAGCCGCGAACUCAUUCGCAAGGUCGUACUUUGCAGCAGCAUUCCCUCUCUUCGGUGUUCAGAUGUACAACAAUCUUGGAUACCAAUGGGCGACAUCCUUGCUCGCGUUCCUUGCCCUUGCUAUGGCCCCAUUUCCCAUACUGUUCUUUCGAUUCGGCAAGCGGCUCAGGGGCAAUAGUAGGUUUGCAUCAGCAUAGACGGGCCGGCGUGUCGACGCGAGGUGUGGCGGAAUGCAAUAGAAGCGCCUAAGAAUAGAGGAAGUGACACGGCACACAUGCCGUCAUUAUUGAAUG